AUGAGGACGGAGAUGGUGAUCAGGAUGCAGGCGAGCUCCGACAAGGGCCAGCACUCCAAGGCCAUGAAGAUCGCGGCGGCAAUCGACGGAGUGGAGUCGGUGACGCUGGCGGGGGAGGGGCGGAACCUGCUGCGGGUGGUCGGCGAGGGCGUCGACUCCAACCACCUCACCAGCAGGCUGCGGCGGAAGGUGGGCCACGCCGACAUCGUCGAGCUGCGCACCCUGCAGGCGGGCCGCGGCUACGCGAGCGCCACCAACGCUGCCGCCGGAGCCGGCUACCACUCUUCGCAGGCCGCGGGCGCGGGCGAACGCGGGGACGCUGCCGCCUAUGGGGGGUACAACAGUUACACUACGGCCGGCUACUUGCCGGUGGCCGCCGAUCAGUACCACCGCCAGCAGCAGCAGCCGUCGUACGAGUACGAGUACUACCCGCCGGCGCCGUACCCUGCCACCGUCGUCCACCACGAGUACACGACCGGCGAUCCGACCGGCUGCUCCAUCAUGUAG